AUGGCACCUACAGAUGCCGAUGCUGUCCCACCAGCACCGUCGAAGAAGGUGCGGUUAGCCUGUCGUCGAUGCCGCGCCAAACGUGUGAAGGCAAGUAACUGUGAUGGAAGUAUUCCAGCGUGUGGGAACUGUGCUCGUGCAGGUGUUCCGUGUGUCGAUGUCGAUGGCCGGAACAAUGGACUAUCCAUCCCACGAGACUUCAUCACACGAUGCUAUGCCAGGAUUAGCUGGCUUGAACAAAGACUGAAGGAGGUAGACCCUCAGUUCGAUGUAUCUCAAGGGCCUGCAGUCGACAUGACCAGCAUGGAUGAAACAACCGCUUCUCGUCCUGCAAUGUCUACUAGUGGAACAGGUCAGGAGCGUGCGCAUGCACCGUCACCGGUACUCGAAUGUGCAGAUCAACCAGUUGUUGAAGCUACCACAUCUUCCAAGCGCUCGUAUUCUAUGGCGGAGGGGUCAGAGGUGGAACAACCCAUUUUCGUUGAGCUGGGCAUGCUCUCCUUGCACUCCGAUUCCCGACAGAAACACUAUCUAGGAUCAUCAUCUGGUCUGCUUUUCACGAGACUAAUUGGCAUUGACAGCGAGCGAAGUUCUACUGCCAGCCCAGAGUUGGCGUCAACGUCCUCUCGCAGUGGUCAUCGUCGCCGCUUGGCCCUUGGUCGGAGUCAGUCGCGCGAGGGCUAUCAGGUUCUCUAUGAUCGAUUGAGAGAGGUAAUCGUGCAGAAAACCGUUGUAUCGUUGCAACUGGGGAUGCUAAUCGUGAGUAAGGAAUUACCGUCACCAGAGGAAGCCAGUGCCUUGUUGGAAGUCUAUUUCCAGGUGAUCCACGUGGAUCACCCAUUUCUUCAUCCUCACUCAGUAUGUAACGCCUAUCGGGCACUGAGAGACUGUGCAGACCUCGGUUGCAAUGGCCAUAUAGGGUCCAAUGGCUGGAUUGAUUCUAUCAACGCGUUCUCCUACAAUGGAAGAUACGAUAUCAUUGCCGGGAACGAAACCACACCGAUUUCUGUUUUCACAGCUACGUUCCAUAUUUUUAUGGUCUUCUCACUUGCGGCGACCGUUAUGACUCGGAACAGAAGCUUUGAUCACUCUCCUGACAAGUAUUAUCGGGUAGCUAUGUCAGCUGCCUCUGAAUGCUUCUGCAGCAUCUCCGUGCCAGCUCUACAAGGAGUGCUGCUGCUAAUGGUCCAGGGCUUGAUUGGUCCUGCCGCUAUCAACAUCUGGACGCUCUCGUACAUUGCCACGUCGCAUUGCAUUGACUUAGGCCUCCAUCGAGAACCCACUGACUACUCUGAACUCACACCCACCGCAUUGACGAAUCGCCGGCUUAUCUUCCAUACAGUCUAUUCCCUUGACCGCUCCAUAGCAACAAUCCAAGGAAGGCCACUGGGUAUUCGGGACGAGACGUUCGAUGUAAGGUGGCCAAACUUCGAGGAAAUCCAAGAGUUCUCAUACCCAGCCGAACAGAGUAAUGAUACUAAUGAACUUGAUGUGCAACUGCCAUCGCCAGAGACCAUGGCUUUGUGCAUUUAUCGCUUCCGGGUCGACUCUUACAUCUCGGAAAUAAAGCUUCUAUUCUAUAGGUUGCCAGCGCAAGGGGAUGCCAUCAUAUGGCCCACGGAUCUAGCUAGCAUACAGCAGCGCAUAAAGGCCAAGCUAGAUGAUUGGCUAGCUGAGACGGCGAGUCUUCGGCCGACAUCAAACACGCAGGACAUCGAGGACAGAGAUUUGAAAUUUCACUGCGAGCAACUUAAACUGGAAUCAUUGUACCAUUCGGCUAUCACCCUGCUUUUCCAGCCGUCCCAAGUCUUUCGGUCACCGUCAAGGGCUGCUUUGAACCUGUGCUACCAGAGCUGUCGGCGGCGCUUACGGAUAUACAAGUAUCUCAACCAUGAAGAAAAGCUGCACUAUACCUGGCGGCAUGUACAUGGCAUUUUCUCUUCUGGGGCCACGAUCGUCUAUUGUUUUUGGGCCUCGCGUGACCUCCUAGAAACGAUACCAUUCUCGGAAGCUCUGAGCGAUCUUCGCACAUGCUCUAACCUACUCAGCGUUGGCAGCCAGUGGUGGCCGUCUCUUCGCAAAGGAAAGGACAGUUUUGAUAACAUGGUAGAUCUCACAAUCAAGCGAUUGAGCCAGCUACAAACCUUGUCUCAACUGCAACCACCAUCACGGGUACAACGGCGACGGAUUGUCCAGUCUUCAGAUCUGCCACCACUCGCAUCGAAUAUGGGUGCUACACCGGAUAUGGUCCACACGCAGAUGGGGUUACCCGUUCUUGACCACCAUCAUGCUGUUGUAUAUGACUCUGUCAGCUCUGUUGACGCCGCAGCCACGGCUACAGAAACUAUGCGAACCGGGUCAUACCAGGAACACCAUACUCAGAGCGAACUCGACCCGUUUUUAUCACAGAUUGGUAGCCUUCUCCCGGCUGACUCCGACCAAUCUACCAUUGACUCAGCCAUGGAGGGCUUCUUGGUGGAAUACUUGCAUGGUGACUGGGGCUGGGAUCCGUUCUCUAGCACUAGCAUGGACAACCCAGAGUACGUAUGA